UGUUGAAGAAUUAGUAAGAGAUUUUCACCCUACGAUUGUGAGAGUACGAACGAAUAAGGAUGACAGAAGAAAAGUGUUUGCUUUUGUUAAAUUCAGACAGUUGUCCCAUGCAGAAGAUUGUGUUAGAACAAUAAAUGAUACCUGUCACAGAGGAAGAUUAAUAAAAGUUCGUUUUGCUGGAGCAUUAUUUGAUCAAGAGAAGAAAGAAGAUGGUGGUUGCCAAGUAAAAACAUCAGCAUCAAGUCUUACAACAGAGAAUGACUCCUGCUAUAAUGAGUUAAAACCAGAUGUACAUGGACGUUACAGUCUGUGUUAUCCUAGAGAUAAUGAACCACCUGGAACAUCAUCUCAGACUGUUGCUGAGAAGUUCAAUAGGAUUAAUGACUUCAGAGAGGUUCAUUUCACUCCAGGUAUGAUCUUUGUGAGGUUUAUAUCUAAGAGAGGAGCAGUGGAAGCAUUUGAAAAGUUUUAUAAAGAGCUGGAUAUGAGAGUAGCUUAUCAUAGGAAAAAACAGGUCGAUGCAGCAAAACAAUGGAACAAGGGAUCAUUACAGAGUAAAUCCUUUAAGGAAAAUAGUACAGAAUAUUCAAACAAAUGGCCAUCACAUACCCAUAAUUUGAUGCAUCAAAAUACCACAGAACAUUCAAACAAGCAAUCUUCGCAUUCAGAAACAUGUACUUCAGAAUAUUCAAACAAUUGUUCAUCACAUGGUAGACCUCCUUAUACAGUCACUACAAAACCUAAAACAAUGAGCAUGUUAUACAGUCAUUCUACUGAUCUAGAGGAUACAGAUAAUGAGACACCAUCUCAUCAUGAACAAACUAGUCAUGGAGCAUGUGCAAGUUGGGGGAAAGAACAAGAGACAGAAUAUCAGAAAUGGUCAAUGCCAGGUGAAAAUUCAGAUGAUAGAGAGUCAUGUGAUGAGAAAAAUAAAAAAUAUUUCUGUAAGUCAAAUAUGAUAAAGUUUAUAUCAUAA